AUGGACUUUGCUUAUCCCGACGAGCGCAGCCGGCAGUUGGCGAUAGCGAGUGGCGAAUACGUGCCGGAGAACUCUCUGCCAGUCGGCAUCGAAAUCUGGAGGAAUAAGCUGUUCGUCACGAUACCACGAUGGCGCGACGGAAUACCGUCAACGUUAAAUUAUGUACCGUUGGACGCUAAUCAAGGUAGAUCGCCGAAACUCAUACCUUAUCCGAACUGGGCCCAGAAUAAGGCUGGUCUUUGUGGCAGCGGCUUGACCACUGUUUACAGGAUUCACGCGGACGCGUGCGACAGAUUGUGGGUGUUGGACACUGGAACAAUAGGAAUAGACGAAACGACUGUACAGGUCUGCCCUUACACCUUGAACGUGUUCGACUUGACCACGGAUAAGCUGCUGAGGCAAUACAAGCUCAGAUCGGAGGACAUCAAUCAAAACACCUUUAUCGCCAACAUCGCGGUCGAUCUGGGAAAAGGCGGUUGCAACGACGCCUUCGCUUACAUGUCCGACGAACUCGGCUACGGCCUGAUCGUGUACUCGUGGCAGCAAAAUACGUCCUGGCGAAUAGCGCACAGCUACUUCAUGCCGGAUCCUCUGGCGGGUGAUUACAAUAUAGGAGGCCUGAACUUUCAAUGGGGAACCGAAGGCAUUUUCGGAAUGAGCCUGUCGCAGAUACUAACAGACGGCUAUCGGACGCUUUUCUUUCAUCCUCUCAGCAGCUAUCGAGAAUUCGCCGUGUCCACGAGGAUUCUGAGAGACCAGCAGUUGUCUCAAAGUAGUUACCACGAGUUUCAGGUCUUGUCGUCGAGAGGGCCGCUCUCUCAUUGCACGGCAUCCGUAAUGGACGAGAACGGACUUCAGUUCUUCAACUUAAUCGAUCAGAACGCGAUCGGCUGUUGGAAUUCUGCGUUACCUUACGCGCCGAUCAAUCAAGCGAUCGUCGCCAGACACGACGAGGCUCUGAUAUUCCCAGCAGAUAUUAAGGUGCGCGGCGCUGUGUAA